UAAUGUUCUGCAAGUCGCGUAAGACUUUGUUUUGAUUAGAAUAGUCAUAAUUAAACAAAAUGUAAAAACAGUUUGUACAUUUCUCGAUUAACAAGCAGCCUGUAUCAACAUAGAGAAUCAUAGCAAGCGUAGCGGUAUGGAAUAAAAUAACAGUUUGCGUUCAGCUGUGGAUAGCAUGCGUAUCCAUUUGUUGUUGCGACGCUAUGGUUUUUCGUGGCUUAAAGUUUUCUCUGUGUUUUAUUGCAGCUGUAUCAAUAAAAUUCUGUGUUCAGUACUGCCCGGAAGAAGUUUCCAGUUCAGGAAUAAAGGUGACGUGGCAUCAGUCCCCUCAAGCAAGCAAUGUCGAAUCUGAUCCACUGUGCUUCUAUAACGACACAUUAGUCACAAGAAACUGCAUAAAUAAUACGUGGGUGCCGUCUCUUACAGAAGUACAGCCCUGUUAUAAAGCUGUAAAAUAUUUUGAUCCAUCAACAUGCCCCCCAGGAUUCAACAAAAUCUCCGAAACUUACAAUAAAUAUUGCUACAAAAUUGGUAAACCUUCACCAUGGAACUAUCCGUGUUUCAAAAGUGGGGGUGCAACAGUUAUAAAUGAACUAAGCCUCAAUAAAACAGAAACCCUAUUAAGUUUUCUAAAUGCCACAAAGUAUAGACAUUUUUGGCUGCCGGCCCAACGUCAAAAUGUAUUUGCUCCCAUAAAGUGGUCCAUACCUGGGCCUAAUUGGGGGCGUGUUAUAACUGCUACUGAUACGUUUCCAUUAAAACCAAGUCUAUUUAAAAAUUGUUUGCUAUUGGACGUAGAGGAAAGAACUUUAAUAACUGAUACUUGCACUAAAGAAUAUCCGAGUCUAUGCUUUUAUAUUAAUGACUUUCAUUGCCCUGCUAAAUGUCCUGAUAACUACCACGCCUUCCGAUAUAUGCUCGAUGAUGGCAAAUGUUAUGGAAUUAAGAAUUCAUUAACUGAUUUAAGCUUUAGUGAUUUUCUAAAUGGCACAUGUGAAAAGCCCAUGGGAAGUGGCCAACAUAAUGAGCUAAGACGAUUUAUUUACAGUAAAAUUGCUGAAGUUAGUAAUCAUUCCAAAAAUACAUGGUGUUGGUUUGGAGACCCAAAUAGCGAGAUUAUAGAAGUCAAAAAUAGAAUUUUAGAAAAUUCAAAUAGAAUAAAUACAGUAGAAACCGACAAUUCGCCAUUAAAUCUAGUUAGAGUAAUAAAUAAUAUGGGAACUGUAGGAUUGAUGGACUCGUUUUCUAGAUUGCCGUGUAUGGCAUGUGAGGCAAACAUGAUAUACGGUGAAACGGAAUUAGUAUUCGAAUACUCUCAAGAAGAAAAUAGUAUUUAUUUGACUAUAUAUUUUCCAUCUGGUCUAUGGCGAUACGACGAUAAUGACAUAGGUGUACAAUGCUUCUCAGAUGCCAAAGGAUUUUCUGGAGUGAUAGAUGUGAAUAAUUUACCUACUCAAGUGGAGGCCAUGAAACUGUUUCGUUCUUCACAAAUAACAACAAAUAUAGAAAAAGUUAUGUACGUUAUAGAUUUAGUUACUGAUAGAUCUGCUCGUUACUGGUGUGAAGGGCACACAAAAAAUUUUUCAUUGAUAACUACCGAAAAAAUUGUAGUUAAUCCCCAAGGGAACCAAGUUCAUGUGUUUUCUCUAGUUUUAAACACAUUCGUUCAUAUGAGUGAGUCUAAUAAUAAUCUGUUUAAUUUAAUCGAUUUAAGGAAAAAUAUAUCUUCCAUAUUUCAAGCAGAGAAGGCUUUAGUGAUGGAUAUUUUAGACUACAAUAUGGAGAGAAUUCAGAUAUUAAUGCAUUUGCACGUAAAAAUAAAUGACACUGGUAGAUCUCAAGCAGCGAAUUUGCAAGAGACAUUUAAUUUUCUUCUCAAAAGGGCGUUUGCUGAAUUUCCCCAUCACAAUUUUACUUUUAUUAAUAUGUCUAGUUCAGUAUUUUGCUUACCAACUACUUCUUUGGAUCCAGUACUACUUGAUUGGGACUUAACUCCCAUUGGUCACAUGGCAACUCCUCAACAAUUCUGCCUCCAAUCAAAUGGAUUACCUGUCAAUAGAGCAUGCCGGGGAUCUUAUCUUCUAGGAAGUUUUUGGGGACAAAUCAAUGGCCAGUGUGACUACAGUUACAAACCUUCGAGUAUAACUACAUUUUUAUUCAAUUUCAUAAGUGGAAGGAUUGAAAAUAAUUACUACACAUCAAAGUUCCUCACUGAUGGUUUAAAUUAUGUACUGAAAGAUGUUGAAAUCAUUAUUCCAGCUGAUAUUUACUAUUUGUCAUUAUGUUUCCAAUAUGUUUUACAAGUCACUCAUAAAAAUGAAACAUCUAUAGAGACGGGGGAUAUUGAAAACAUUGCUUGGGUAAUGGAUAGAAUGAUGAAUAUUGAUAAUAGCAGUCUUCAUUUAGCUCAAAUUAUGAAUUCAACCAACGUCAUUUUAGAUUCAGUCAAUAAUAUAAUUGAAGUUAUAACAAUAACAAAUAAAACUUCGGACGGUGUAAAAUUAAAAGAAAAUAUUUAUCAGCUAGCAAUUCAGCCCCGGUUUAUUAUACAAAUAUCAUAUCCCCAUUUAAAUAAUGUAACUGGAAUAGCGGUGAUAAAUAGUAAAAAUUCCAAUAACUUUACAGAUAUGUACAUCCAGCCGUUGUAUAAAAACACAACAAUGAAUGAUGUUCUCAUAAUGGAAAACUUAGAAGUAGCUACUUGGUUGCCAAGCGAUGUCAUAGAUAAUUUGAAUAAAACUAACAUCGUUAAUUCAACUAGUGCUGAUGACAUACACGUUAUCAUAAGUAUUUAUAAUAAUAAUGCUAUAUUUCAAGAAUUAAAUAAAAAUCAACAUGUAAUAACUAGUAGAAUAAUAGAAGUUACUGUGCCUGGUUACCUAACUAAUUUACAAAAUCCUAUUCCGUUAAUAUUUAAGGAACUUCGACCAAACAUAUUCGGUAGAGCUUGUGGAUUCUGGGACUUUCAUAGUGAUAAGGCAAUUUAUAGUUCUUGGUCAAAACGUGGUUGUAUUAUGCGAUCAAGAGUCGAAAAGUUAACUAUAUGCGAAUGCGACCACUUAACGCACUUUGGACAGCUGUUGCAUGUACGUGACGAUGAAAUUGCCAACGAAGAUGUUAAAGAAGGUGGUCAUAUAAAAGCUCUAAAUAUAAUAACUUUAGUUGGAAGUUUCACAUCGUUGUUGGGUAUUACUGGAAUAUGGAUAACGGCGAUGAUAUUUGAUACUUGGAGAAAAAAAGCGGGUACAAAAGUUUUAUUACAAUUAUCAACAGCUAUAUCAUUACCUUUAGUACUAAUAAUUGUUUUUAGCUUAGAUCAUUCUAUUAUAAUUGAGAAUGAACUGAAUCAAUUUGUAGUUGCAACAGACAAAAUGAUAUUGUGUGUUUUAUUAGGAGCGUUGUUUCAUUACGCUGUGCUUGCAAAUUUUAUAUGGAUGUUGAUCACGGCUAUUUUACAGUUUAUUAGAUAUGUUCGUGUACUGGGCGUGUCGAGACCCUCAAGGUUUAUGAUGAAGCUUACAUUGAUAGGAUGGGGACUUCCGUUUAUACCUGUCAUUACAAUUUUGUGCUUAGAUUACAAAAAUUAUAUUCCUAAUCCAUCAAUUAGUCGCUCUAUAUGUUAUCCGAGUGGAAUUUACAUGAUUACAGGCGUCAUCGUACCUGUAUGCAUAAUAUUAAUUAUAAACGUAAUUCUUUUCGUUUUAGUUAUUAAAGCAAUUUCUAAGAGCUCAGACAUGCGCGCCACGGACAAAAGUUUAGUGUGUGCGCAAUUCAGGUUAUCUAUAUUCUUGUUCUUUCUAUUAGGUCUAACCUGGAUUUUUGGAAUUAUGUCAUUUUCUGGUCGUUUAAUUUGGUCGUACUUGUUUUGUUUGACAUCAACUAUACAAGGCUUUGUAUUGUUCAUAUAUUUUGUUAUAUGUGACCCUAUCACAAGAAAUUUGUGGAUAACUGUAAUGAAACCACAGUUUUCUUCGUCUAGAAAUAGUGUUACAACAAUAAGUAGUGGAUAAUUUGGUAUUUGUGUGUUUCGACCGUCAAUUGGUGUAAAGUAUGCAGGAUGUUACGCAAACCUAUGUAUUGUUUAUCAAUAAACACUGUCAAAAGA